AUGGGACUAACUUCUCCAUCUCAUAAUUAUGAUGGCCCUGGAGAUGUGGAGUGCGAUUUCUGUAAUGGGAAGAAGGUCAGAGUGGUGAAGUCAUGUCUGACCUGCAUGGCCUCCUUCUGUGAGACUCAAAUGCAGAUUCAUUAUGAAGGAGCUGCCUGGAAAGGCAACAAGCUGAUUGAUCCUGAUGGAAAUCUACAGGAGAAACUCUGUGCAAAACAUCAGAAAAGUCUGGAAAUAUUUUGCAAAACUGAUGAUUCGUGUAUCUGCAUGAUGUGUGUGGUGACUGAACACAGUGGUCAUGAAAUGGUGGAGCUGGAGACGGAAAGAGAAGAAAAACAGAAACAGCUGGGGGUGACACUGAGUGAAAUCACAUGGAGAAUUGAGAAGAGAGAGAAAAAACUGAAAGAGACAGAGAUGGUGAUGGAGAAGAUGAAGGUAUCAAUGCAAAGAGAAAUAGAGGAAAAUGAGAAGAGCUUCCGUGAUUUGAUGCACUGCAUUGAAGAAGCUCAGAAGAAAUUGGUUGAGAGGAUCAGAGAACAAGAGAAGAGAGAAAAGGAGAAGGGUGAAGGAGUCAUGGAACAACUAGGGAAUGAAAUUGAGGAACUGAAUAAGAGAGAUGCUAAGCUGAAGAAUCUUUCAGACACCAAGGACCACAUCCACUUUCUGCAGACUGUUUUAUCUCCCUGUGUCCUUCCUCCUGAUGGAGACUCACUCAGCUUCACUGCCACUGCUGAGUUCUAUUCUGAGGACCUGAGAAAGGAGCUGUCAUGUCUGAAGAAGAGUCUGGAGAAGAUCAGCCAGUGGGACAUUAUGACAUUGACAUCAGGCCGUAAAACUCCAAUUUUUGCCCUACAGCCUCUUGAACCUCAAAGCAGGGAGGAGUUUUUACAAUAUUUCUGUCCACUCACACUGGACAUCAACACGGCAUACAGAGACCUCCAUCUGUCUGAAGGGUAUAAGUUGGUGAGACAUGAGAGGACAGAGAUUUGUCACUACUGGUAUCAUGGAAACUCUUGA